GCGACUUAGGGGCUCCCGGGCCUCAGCUCCAAUUCUGCCAUUUGUCCUGGCCAAAGUCCCCCAAAUUCCUUAUGUCAGUUUUCUUAUCUAGAAAAUGGGUCCAGUACUAGAGGGGCUCCAAACUUCAGGAACUCCGCUGUUGCACCGGGGGGCCCUGCCUGCCCAGCCCACCGGAGUCCCCAGGGGUUUCUGGGCCCUUUCUUCGCGCCCCUUACCCACCCCAGCCUUGGUCUGCCUCUUUCCGCCUCUGCUUUGGGUCCCAGGGGACGUUGUGCGAUCUGGGGUGGCAAGAGUUGUCGGGCCUCAGUUUCCCUGGUGCUGCCCGCAGGUGGCUGGUCUGGGGAACCCCGGCCUGCCCGGCACGCGGCACAGCGUGGGCAUGGCGGUGCUGGGGCAGCUCGCGCGGCGGCUAGGUGUGGCGGAGAGUUGGGCGCGCGACCGGCGCUGCGCCGCCGACCUCGCCCUGGCCCCCCUCGGGGAUGCCCAGCUGGUCCUGCUCCGGCCGCGGCGGCUCAUGAACGCCAACGGGCGCAGCGUGGCCCGGGCCGCGGAGAUGUUUGGGCUGACUGCGGAGGAGGUCUACCUGGUGCACGAUGAGCUAGACAAGCCCCUGGGGAAACUGGCUCUGAAGCUGGGGGGCAGUGCCAGGGGCCACAAUGGAGUCCGUUCCUGCAUUAGCUGCCUCAACUCCAGUGCAAUGCCGAGGCUGCGGGUGGGCAUCGGGCGCCCGACGAACCCUGAGGCAGUACAGGCCUACGUGCUGGGCUGUUUCUCGCCCUCGGAGCAGGAGCUGCUGCCUCUGUUGCUGGAUCGAGCCACUGACCUGCUCCUGGACCACAUCCGUGAGCGAAGCCAGGGGCCCUCAGCAGGUGUCAGCCCCUGACACUAGUGUCCAUGGCUGCCUGCCUGACUGCAGUGCCACAGGCCUAGCCAUGGCCACAGAGCUGCCACACCAACCUUGGUAUCCACUAUUUAUACACUGUUCUCUGGGCUGCUCCGGGCUGCCUGCAGAUUAAAGGGGGGGACUGUAGCUAGAACGGUCCGUUGCUGGAGUAUGGGGUCGGUCUUCUCUCUGUGUCCUACUUAGGGUGUAGAACGUCAGGAAGACUAAACUUUUUGAGUCUUUUUAGAGAACUGGAGGCAUGGAUCUGUAAGAGCAAAGAUGCUGUCUUGGAAGCUGAGGCCUAUUGAGGGGGAGCCCACCCUUCCUCUGCCAUUGGGGGAAGGAACAACAGCCACCCUCCCCCAGGUGAUGCGUAGGCAUGCCUUAGCCCUCUGAGGCCUGGCCACACCUUUCUUCAGCCCAUUUUACAGAUGGGAAGGCUCAGAGAGGUCUGGCCACAUCCCCAAGGCCACACAGCUACUGCCUAGCAGAGCCCCACCUUGUACCCAGGGCUGGCUGCCAUCUUGCUGUCCCUGGGGCCCUUGGAACCCUCACCUCAGGGGUGCUGUGUGCCCAGAAGGUCCUCAUGCGGGUGGCAUGUGAGAGCAGCCUGAGGUCCUGGGGGUUAGCUGGGACAUGGCCCUGGUAAGGCACCAGGCCUAGAUCCCCGGGCUGGUACGUUGCGGUGCCGGAAAGCUGCUGCAGCAGAGACCCGACCCUGGGCGGCUGGAUGUUGGACUGGCUGUUGGGGAGUGGGGGGACAUCACCUCCGUUUCGCAGAUGAGGAGGCAAGGUGCAGAGAAACAUAGGGGAGCCAGGUUUCUGGCCCAGGAUCAGCUGAGCACAGUCCCUGGAUGGGUCCCAUGGCUGCGUCCCUUUUCCCUGCUCCCCAUGCCGCCUCCUUUCCCACUCACCUCUCCUUGGGUGGGCCUUGGGGCUGGGACUCCUGGCAGGGACACACAGCCAUCGGGGGUCUCGGGGCCAUGGCAGAGCUGAGCAUGGCCAGCAGUUGCUGCAGCAUAUCUUUGCAGUGCAGCAGGAACACCACAUCGAAGUCGCCCUCCUCUUCCGCUUGCAUCUGCUGGUGGGGCAGGGGGAUCAGGCCCACAAGGGCCCCCAUGCCUGCCCUCCCCUGGGAAGCUCCAGCCCUGUGCCCAUUGCCCCCAGGUGCUCCUGGCUGUGGUGGGAUACCCAUUCUCCUGUUGGGAAGACUGAGUGAGGCUUGAGGCUUUCUAGAGCCUCAAAGAAGGACACACUUGUCAGGAGUGUCUCGGGGCAAGAGGGGCCUCUGAGCUGGCCCCAGCCAACCCCUUCCAGGCCUGUUCUUUGCAGGUAGCUUCUGUCCCAGGCCUGCUCCCCUCACACCCUCCUCUGCUUCCUGCUUACCUGCAGAAUGUCCUGGAGCAUGGAGGUGGCCCGGUUCAGUGUCAUCUCCAGGCUGGCCCGAGCCCUCUGCUCUUCAGCCAGCUUUUGCUGCAGCUGCUGUGCCUCAGCCUGCUGCUGCUCCAGCUGCAGGUUCAGCUGGUCUCUCUGGCCCCUGGGCCCAGGCUCAGGGUGAGUCAACGGCCUCCCCCUCCCGGGGCUGUGGCUGGUACCACCUGGGGCCAUGGGCCCUGCCAUUUCUCUCCAGCCCACAGGGUCCCCAUCCAGCCCCAGGCCUCAGCCUAUCUGACAGGCCCCUCCAGAGAGGGGAAGUCACUGGCCCUGGGUCAUUUAGCCAAAAAGGGCUGGGCUUCAGCAUCACCUCCACCUGCUCCCACCCACCUAGGCCCUCCUGGGCACACCUUGUGGCCUGGCUGUCGGUCUGCAGCUGCAGGAAGCUCUGCUCCAGGUGGCUCAGCAGCAGGCGCAGCUGCUUGGCCUCCGCCAUGCUCUGCUGCUGCUCCCGACACUUCUCGGUCAGCAUGAGGAUGACCUGUGGGUUUGGCAGGCAGCCGCGAGCAGAGCUGAGCAGAGCCCCCAUCUCCGGGGGUGGCUCUGCUUUAAAGCAAAUAAAGAAAACCCAGAGCUGGCCCAGCACCCUGGGGACCCCUCGAGUGGCGCCCCUACCCCCCGCCCUCAGCCUCCCUCCCUCGUUGCUUGGCUCCACCCCUGCAGGGUGCUCAGGGUUCCCUCCUGCCGUAAGUGCCAAAUGCCCUGUGACAGGGCUUGCAGGCGCACCUUCUGGUGGCCUCUUCUGUGGCUGGCCAUGACCUUCUGGGUGUUCUCCAGCAGCUCCAGCUGUUUGCACAGCUCGUCCUGGCUGCCCUUGAGCUGCUCAUUCUCCUGCAGCAGCUGCACGCCUUGCUGGGACAUCUUGGCCAGCUGCAGGGUCACGCUGCUGUUCUCCUGGAUGGCCCGCUUCGUCGUCUCCCACAUCUGGUUAGUGGCCACCUUGUGGAACUCGGUGGCUACCAGGUUCACGCGCUGGAUGAUCUCUUUCCUGAGUCUGGUUAGGAAGGUGGGGUGCAAGGGGGUCAGGCAGAGUGGGCACAAGCCCUGGGCACCCCUCUUGGGGUCCCCAGAGUGCCUAGGGCCAUUAAAAACCUGUGCUCUCCCCUCCAAAGGUAUGCGGCCAUGGGUAGGGAGCUCUUCCCUGUAGACCCUCUGCACCUUUGGAAUUUGAACCAUUUUAAUUACCUAUUACAUAAAUAAAAUUUAAACCACCAAAUGUG